UCCCUCACGGGCAGAAGCAGUGAAGCAAGGAAAAAAUAUCGUGUAGCCGUUUGUGUAGAGAAGAAUCAUCAAAGAUGCCGAUCACUCGCAUAGCUAUCGGAUCACGGGAGGAGGCGUAUCACCCCGGAGCUCUCAAGGCCGCCCUUGCAGAGUUCAUAUCGACCAUCAUCUUCAUCUUCGCCGGCCAAGGCUCCGGCAUAGCCUACGCAAAGCUGACCCCCGGCGGCGCGGCGUCGCCGGCAGGACUUCUCACGGCGUCAAUAGCACACGCCUUCGCACUAUUCGUAGCAGUUUCCACAGCGGCGAACAUCUCCGGCGGGCACGUUAACCCUGCGGUGACAUUUGGCCUCUUUCUCGGCGGCAACAUUACUCUGUUCCGCGGUCUGCUCUACUGGGUGGCCCAACUCCUCGGCUCCAUCGUCGCCUGUCUCCUCCUCCGCGUCUCCACCGGUUUUCUCUCCGUCGGCUCUUUCGGCCUAACGGACGUCAGCGAGUGGAACGCCCUCGUGCUCGAAAUCAUCUUAACUUUCGGUCUGGUUUACACGGUCUACGCGACGGCGGUGGAUCCGAAAAGAGGAAGCAUAGGAACGAUAGCUCCGCUGGCUAUCGGCUUUAUAGUGGGUGCUAAUAUACUGAUCGGAGGGGCGUUUGACGGCGCGUCGAUGAACCCGGCCGUGACGUUCGGACCUGCC